AUGGUGGCGGUGACGACCGAAACGGGGAGAAGAGAGUUCGUGGUGGUGGAAGGGGGAUUGGGUUGGGGGUUUCUUGUGAUUUUUGUUGGCGGCGGCUGUGUUGAUAUGCCGGUGAUGGAACAAGAGGAGUUAUUUGGUCUGUUUGAGGUUAUGAGUUCACUUUUGGAAGAUCCCACUUGGGCCCAAAUGCAUCCUCUACCUUGCACUGACACUCCAUGGCCUGGGGUUGAGUGUGAGGUUGGUCAAGAAACUCAAACUCCAAUCUUUCACGUCACAAAGAUUCAUGUUGGCCAUGAUAUUCUUACCCCACCUUGCAAAUCUUCUGCUCAAAUUUCACUAUCUUUGUUGAAAUUACCUUACCUCAAAACACUUUCUUUGAUGAACUGUUUCACAAAAUCACCUGUUUUUCUGAGCAAAACACUCUUUGGUUCACUGCACUCUUUGGAGAAUUUAGUUCUUGAGUCAAAUCCAAGCCUUUCUGGAGAAAUCCCUUCAACUUUAUCAAACAUUACAAGUUUGAAAGUUUUAAGCUUGUUACAGAACAAUCUGAAUGGAGAAAUUCCCAAGGAAAUUGGAGGGCUUGUUAAUUUAGAGCAAAUUGAUAUAAGUUACAACAACUUGAUUGGAUCGAUCCCGGAAGAAAUUGAAGGGUUGAAAAGUUUGUCCAUUUUGGAUCUCAGCUGGAAUUCUUUACAAGGAAUGGUGCCUCAUUCACUGGGAAAUCUGCAGAUUCUUGAAAAGAUUGACUUCAGCUGGAACAAACUUCAAGGAAGAAUACCUCCAGAGUUAGGGAAAUUAAAGAGGUUAGUCUUAUUGGAUUUGAGUCAUAACUCCUUGGAAGGACCAAUCCCUGAAAAUCUAUCAGGUUUGCAUCAAUUACAGUACUUAAUGAUGGAGGAAAACCCAAUAAAUACUGAGAUACCUUCAUUUAUUGGGGCACUGAUGGAGCUCACAGUAUUAAGUUUCUCAGGCUGUGGUUUAACAGGGAGAAUCCCAAGGAAAUUUUCUAGCUUGCAAAAUUUAACUGCAUUGUCUCUUGAUAAUAACAAGCUCAAGGGCACAGUCCCUCAGGAGUUGGGAACACUGCCAAAUAUAAAUACAUUGAAUUUGAGCCAGAAUCAGCUUUCUGGGGAACUAUUAUUUCCUGAAGAAUUUUUCAUUAGACUCGACCAAAGGUUAGAUACAAGAGGAAACAAAGGAUUAUGCAUAAAUCAGCAACCUCAAAGCAAGAAAAUCAGUACGACAUUUAGGCAAAUCCCUCCUUGUUUGAUCAAAAGAGUUCCAGCCAGCAACAAAACUUUUUCCCAAGAUCAUCCGGACGAUGAUUCUCAAAAGAUGAAGCCAACAGUACUGUGCGAUGGUAAUUUGAGUUCAAACGCUGAUGGGCUACAUCAAAACUUUAUCGUUUCUGGUCUAAUAUUCCUUGGAAUUUAUGAGCGAUUUGAUGGGAUUAGCCUUCAGUUUUUCAAUGUUUUGCUGAUAAUGUUGAGUCCUAUCCCAGCAGGGACUGUUGCUUUCUUUAACAGAGAUUCCAGGCUAAGAAAACAGCAUCUACUGAGGAAGGGCUGGGUUGGGAAUAGAACCCUACACUACGGUCUACGACUGCCAAUAAGGUUUAAGAUAAUCUCACUCCUGUCAUUUGAACCAAUGAGCUAUGUCCCGAGAGGCAUACUGAUCUCUUACUCUAAUUUCUUCAAAGUGAUUUGUCCUAAAUGCUCAAUUUUUGUCUCCAAGUCUAUUGAUCAUCAAUUUGUUUCCAUAUUGAUCAUUUGA